AUGCUAGUAACCCAGAUUUCAAAAAAUCGGCAUUGUAAGUUUUUCAGCGCCGCACGCAGUCUUUUAAAAGAUGAUCACAAGCUUAGAUUCUAUAUUAGAGAUAAACCACACCACAAGAAGAGGUGCUGUUGGAGACACAUGACGGAGAUACUACCUACAUCAGCGGCUCUAGACUCGCCGAUGAGCAACAAUCGGCUGCAACAAAACAGUUCUGAGACGAUCUCAUCACCUGACUCGUCGUCUCCUCCAUCGUAUGCAUCCCAUUUCUUUCUGGAUAUUCAAUCUUCGCGACCCGUGAGGUUUAUAGAGUCCUUGAUGGACUCAGAACUUUUGGGAGACAAUGAAAUAGAGCAAAUUGAACAUUUCAAGUACAAACAAGGCCUUGAACGAAAAUUGACGGUUACUUCGGUUAUCGGUUUGGGCUUUUCAGUGAUGGGGGUUCCCUUUGGAUUAUCUUCCACACUAUGGAUUUCUUUAAUGGACGGUGCAAAUGUGACAGUGCUAUAUGGGUGGAUCGUCGUUAGUGUUAUGUCUUUGUUUGUGGUUCUAAGCUUGAGUGAAAUCAUAUCGAAAUAUCCCACUGCGGGAGGAGUUUAUCAUUUUAGUGCUCUUUUAAGUAAUGAGAAAUAUUCACUCAUUAGCUCAUGGAUUACCGGAUGGUUACUUCUCAUUGGAAAUUGGACAUAUGCUAUCAGCAUAAUGUUUUCCGGCUCUCAGUUUAUUUUAUCGAUAUUUGGUUUGAAGGACUUUGUAUACAAAGAAGACAAGUUUUUGGUCCUAGGAGUGUUCUUCAUUAUUCUAGCGGUUGUCGGGUUUAUUAACUUCAAAUUCUCCAAGCAUUUGGAAAAAAUCAACAAGGCUUGUAUUUUGUGGACCAUUUAUACUGUUUUGGCGAUAGAUAUACUUCUCAUAUUCUAUGCCAAGAGGACCAACUCGAUUAAACAGAUAUUGACAACCUUUGACAAUUCACGUUCAGGUUGGCCAGACCCACUAGCCUUCAUUGUGGGGCUACAAAGCUCGUCGUUUACUUUAACCGGUUAUGGAAUGCUAUUCUCCAUCACUGAUGAAGUCAAGAAUCCGGAAAGGAACAUGCCCAAAGGUGUCAUCAGUGCCAUAUUGAUGGCAUGUUUAACUGGCGUCAUUUUCAUUAUUCCUAUUUUAACGAUAUUACCAGAACUAGAGCUUCUAUUAGAUGGGGAUACAAACAUCAUGCCCAUUGAAAUCAUAUUCAAGCUUUCGACCGAAUCAUACAUUAUAAGUUUCCUCAUGGCUUGUUUAAUGAUUGGAACUAUAGUUUUCCAAAGUAUUGGCUCGCUUACUACAGCAUCUAGAAGCACAUUUGCCUUAGCUCGUGAUGGAGGUCUUCCAAUGGCACAUUUGUGGACAGAAGUGAACUCAGUCGAAGAGUAUACGAUUCCAAGAAAUGCUUUGUUUUUAUCAAUGAUUGUAUGUGCGGUAUUAUCGCUAUUGUCUUUAAUUUCAAGGUCAGCUUUUAACGCUUUUAUGGGUGCAGCAGUGGUAUCUCUAGCAGUGGCAAAUGGUAUUCCAAUUUUCUUACUAAUGUUAAACAAGAGACAGAAAAUCAAAGGAGCCGCAUUCAGGUUGAAAAUUUUUGGUUGGUUUAUCAAUGGAGUAUCGGUGUUUUGGGUUAUACUUUCCGUUUUUAUCCUUUGUGUACCCCCAGUAAUCAAGAAUUUGACUUGGCGCAAAAUGAAUUAUGCGAGUGUUGUAUUGGUGCUUUUCUUGGGGGUUGCCACAUUGGGUUAUGUGACGUGGGGGUCGAAGUCGUUUACUGGACCAGAAAUUGAGACUGAUUACUUCGAAUUAAAUAAUUUGGAAGCAAAUGGCAGAAAGAACAUGGAUGAAUUUGUCGUUGGCGAUGAAGAGGAAGAAGGAGGAGAAGAGGGUGCCAGCAAUGAAGGUGAUAUUCUGAAGGAGUUCGAGAAUAAUUUUACCCCUCCUCCUCUUGUGCAUAGGAAAAAGACAUAUCAUCUACUAGAAGGGAAUUCCAGUUCAGCGGGACGAGGUAGUAAGAAAUUGCCAAAAUCAAUGACAUCAUACGAUUCUAAUGAAGAUUUAAAUGAAAUUUCAACAGAGAGUGACAACGAAGUCUUGUUCGAGUCAGGAAACGGGUCUCAAGAGCAAGUGGGUAAAUGA